AUGUCGCUCGAAAACGGUGAGACUGCUACCGAUGAAGAAGCUGCGGAUGAAGCAUCUGAGCCACAGGAUACCACGGAAUAUCCAUAUGGUGUCAUGCUCGCAUUCAUCGUCGUUGCGCUCGUACUCAGUGUUUUUCUCUUUUCUUUGAACCAGACCAUCGUUGCGACUGCGAUUCCAAAGAUCACCAAUGAAUUCAAGAGCAUUGACGAUAUCUCGUGGUACGGCUCAGCUUUUUUCAUGACGCUCGGAGGCUUUCAAUCAAUGUGGGGCAAGUUCAACAGCCCAAAGGGGAUCUUCGUGGCGAGCGUAGCGGAAUGGUUCGGAAAGAAUGGCGUGACAGCACUGGUCUAUGACUCACGCACGCUGGGUCAGAGCGACGACGGAGGCUGGGUCGACCCAAACCGCAUCGCUAUUUGGGGCUUGUUCUAUAGCUCCGGCAUCGCUCUCGAGGCUGCUGCCUUUGAUAAACGCGUCAAGGCGGUUAUCGCGCAGAGUCUGAUGCCAUAUUGGUGUCUCAAUCCACUAGACGAGGCAGUCAUCGUCGCGCAUGCGAUCGCAGAUCGCGCUAAGCAGCUUGGUGGCAAUCUGCCUGAGUACAUUCCACUUCUCAACGAUAAGGGAGGGCACCUCAUGCACUUCAAGUAUCUGUCCAACAUGACGCCGGAGCAAAGGCACCAUUUGCCCGCCUGGGUUCACGGCGCUAAGAAGAAUGCCCGACCUUCAAUGACCCUGUUCGCGGCUGUCAGCCCUAAGCCCGUCACGAUUCUGAUGCCUGAGGAUGACGAGAUUGUGCCGCCCGCGUUCCAGCGGUGCAUAUUUGACAGCUUUCAGCCACCACGGAAGAAAUAUGAGAUUGUAAAAGGUAGAGGCCAUAUGAACAUUUUGAAGGAUGUGAACUUUGAUGAGCUCUUGGGUGACCAGCUGGCAUUUCUCAAGGAUGUUAUGAAAUUCUGA